AUGUCGCCACUGCUCAACACCUUGAGCUCGUCGUUCCACCUGUCGCCUUCGGGCCCCGGCUCGCCGCUCACCUCGCCCGUUUCGCCCGUCGAGUCGCAUCCGCCGUCGCCCCUCGUACAGGCCGACGACUCUUCCUUGACGGCCAGGGUGUCGUUUAUUCACCCCAGCAGCGGUAACGUGCAGGAGGAAGACGCGUCCUAUGACGCUGUAUCGCCCUCGAGCACGGAUUCAUUUGCUCCAGGCACCGGCUCGGCGUCGGCCUCCGCGCGCCCUCCCCCAGCGGCUCGGGGCCAGUCGUUCAAUCCGGCCUCCGAUCAUUACAUCGAUCGGCAACGACGCGUCAGCUACCCCGCGCAUUCGCCAUAUCACGCUCUCAAUCACGGCAAUAGCAUCUCUGAUCAGUCCAUCAAGUCGGUGAAUGACGAUAUCUGGGGCCCUAAUCGCACAACUCGAGCAUCGUCGGACGGGGUCGUCCUGAACAACGGCACGUCGCAGCCCGGCCAGCCCAGCGGCAACUCGUCGAGCCAGAGCCCACCGAGCGGACAUACGCCUUCGCUACCUAAGCGGGGCUCAGAUGCAUCUGUCUCGGCAGGGGAUGCGAACGAGCACCAGGAGCGAGCGGCACUCUUCCGUGAACACGAGCGACGCUCGCUCGAGACGUCGGCCCAGGCUCGGCUUGGCUCGUCCUCGGCUCGGGACUUUGCUCAGCACACGGCUCCGACCUCAAACGGCCUCGUCGCGCCGAGCUCCUUCUUUCAACCGCCAACACUGGGCGCGCUGAACUCGUCGAAUCAGCCGCUUUCUUCGCCUCCAGCACAAUCCGAUGCGCAUGGCUCGACGCCCUCGCUUGCGGAGAAUGGCGAUGCGCGGACGAACGCCAGUCUACACUUGGGCGAACUCGAUGCUUGGAUGAUGGACGAAGCCUAUAUCCGCGAGUGCUGCGCACAAAUGGGUUGGGACUCGGUCCAACACAUCAAACUGAUCCGUGGUUCGAGGUGAGUUGCUGCCAUAUCAGAGAUUGCCGGUCUCGUGAGCAUGAAGCUUAUAGACUACUCUCCACUUGUUCUUUAGUCCUUCGGGGUACUGCUUCCUCACGUUCGCAUCAGCUGCGCAAGCAGCACAAGUCCUCGCCCGUUUCAACGCCUCGCCGCCCGUGCUCAUGCCUCGCUCGGGUCGAACAUUCAAGCUCAACUGGGGAACAGGAUUACCAGGUUUGCAGCCGAGAUGGUCAGGUGAACACAGCGUUUUUGUGGGAGAUUUGGGGCGAGAUGUUGGAGAAGCAGACCUGGUCGUAAGUCGUGUGUUCGAGUCGUCUGCCCUCGAGCUCAUCGACACGCUUUGCUGACUGAGUGCUGACCUUGGGUGGCUUUGACUCCGCAGAACCUCUUCACUCCGAUCUUCCCUUCGACCAAGUCGGCCAAAGUCAUGUGCGAUCCCUCGACCGGUCUCUCGCGCGGCUAUGGCUUUGUCCGCUUCGCCGAGGAAUCAGAUAUGCAGCGGGCUCUUCUAAUCGGCCAGAACCCCGGAAGUGGAUUGUCGUUGCACGGACGAACGCUGCGAAUUAGUGAAGCUAGUGGGCCAGGGCAGGAGGGCAGGACUGGCCCUGGAUUGAGUGGGCUUGAUCGCAUUCGCACGCGCUCGAGGAGCAGUGAUGGAAGUGGAAUGCCCGGACCCUUGACGAUUCAACCGGGCUUUGGUAGCAUGUCGAACGCAUCGACCUACAACUCAGGCCCACAGAACGAUCUCGCCUCGCCUACGGCUACGAGCAACAACUAUCCUGAUUUUCUUUCGCCGACCUUCUCCGGUGCCUUCAGUCCGAACAGACCUAUGCCGGGAGCAACGAGCCCCUACGCGGGCGCCAACAAGCCCCUCUCUCCCUCGCUUGGCAGUUUUGGUGCCCCCGAGGGGCAGCGUCGCUUCUUGACCAACAUCGGAGGCCCUGCCGCUCCUGGCUCUUCGCCCGCGGACCCCAACAAUACGACCGUAUUUGUCGGUGGACUGCCGGCGUGUAUCAGCGAGGAGACGCUCAAGUCCUUCUUCCACCACUUUGGCGAGAUCACAUACUGCAAGAUUCCUGCCGGCAAAGGGUGUGGUUUCGUUCAGUUCGUGCGACGCCAGGAUGCCGAGUUGGCCAUCGCGAAGAUGAACGAUUUCCCCAUCCACGGCAAGUCGCGCAUUCGCCUCAGCUGGGGGCGAUCUCAAGGCGACAAACAGGUCGAGCACGUGCGCAAGCUUGCGAGCGCGCUUGGGGUGCCAUUCGAAGCCGUUUGGCGCAUGGUCCAAGGUCAGGACAACUCGACCAUUAAGCAGAUCACCACGGCUGUUGGGAGUGGCACCAACCACAACGGGCCGUCAUCACAUUUGGCAGCUCGACAACCCCCUUCUGGCGGCGGCGGAGGCUACAACGCUCACCCACAGUCGAACCGUGGCGAUCGCCUCGAUGUAGGAGCCGUCGCGAGCGUCGCUAGUGCCGCUGGUUUGACCGAGGCUGAAGUCUUGGACUUGAUGGGAGGUCGCAGUCAGGUCGGUGGUGCUGCAGGUCCGCCUUUGAGCGCGCAUCGAAAUGAAUAUGGCGGUGAGCAAUUCACUCGCAACCCAGGUGAGUAUUCGAGAAAGUGUCGGCGUUUCUCAGACGCGUCAAGCUGACCCACUUGCGUAUCCGCCGAUGUGCAGGCUUUGGUCCCCCAUCCGGAGCGCGGGGCUUAAACUCUUCACCCUACACCCAAAGUCGAACCGACCCGUACAUGGGUCAUGCACCGGUGUCACCCUAUGCGAAUGUAGACUUUGCGGAGGGCAACAUGCGACCGCAGGAACGAUUUACUUCGUUCAGUCGAUACGCCGAGCCCCCCAUGCCGCAGGCGUACAACCCGAACUUCGGCGGCGGGGAUGCAGGCGGAGCAUAUGGCGCUCAACAUGGUGGAUAUGAAUAUCAGGACCGCGCCUACACGACCAUGCCCCCUCCAAUGCCAGGUACCGGCUUGGAGGAUUCCUUCGCCAACCUCGGCUUCGGUUCGUCGACUUCUGCGCUGCCGCCGCGCUCGCUCGCGGCUGAAUCCUCGCACAAUGGCACGCCAAGCUUUUAUUCUUUGAGCUCUUCAUCGAUACCGGACGCGUCUCGUAAUGGAAACGCUAACGGCGUUGGCCACGACGACAGCGCGGCCCAUGGUGGAAGCGUUCCGUGGAGUAGCGGGUGGAACGGUGUGCACGCAUAGAUUCAGUCUCAAGACAGUCUUAGCCUCGGAAUCGCACAAGCACAUCGCAAACUCCAUGAACAUAUCAAAGAAUUACGUAUACUUGCAUUCAUCCCGUUCUACACCUGCCGCCACCCCAAACCACCACCGCCACCGCAACCAGCAACCAGUACACACACAAACCCAAGCUCGCAUUCCUCAAGACGGUUCUAGUGCAAGACCCCCCGUUUUCGCGACACUCAGUCGCACAACAGCAUAUUUCCGUGUCACCUCUUCCACGUUCCUCACCAGCAACCGCUACAUCCGCUCCGACUUUACGCCUUUCGGCCCCCUCUCAGAGCUUUCCGUCUCGUUCUCAUUCGCCUCGGCCCGUCUUUCGAAUUCGUUGGCCUCGCUGUCUCGAUCCAUGUACAACAAUUGCUCCGCUCGUCGCACGCAUGCCAUACCAUGCAUUCGAUCUCCCAAUGGGAUCUCGAAUCCUCUUGUUCAGUCCUUCUUGCUUUUCCACCGGUUGUCUCCUUCCUUUUUCUCGCUCCUUCCACUUUCUCGCGUGGAUUAAUCAUACAUGAGUCUAUAUAA